AUGGAAGGAGGCGCUAGGAAGCUGCUUGAGACUGCUACAAUCGAAACUCUGCACGCUCAUAACUUCUCGCGCUCAUCGACUCAAGCGACGCACGCUCUGACGGAUCUAUUGUCUCGCUACCUGACCCUCUUGUCGACCUCAUGCGCCAGGUACGCCGAACACGCCGGCCGGCUGCGACUCACCGCACGCGAUGCGGUCUCUGUACUGGACGAGCUUGGAGUUGGUGUGGACGAGCUGAGCGAAUACUGCGCAGGCGAGGCGAAGGAUUUGUCGCGCUACGCGGUGCACACCGCGCGCAGGAUCGAGGAUCUGAACGAAUUUAAGGCUUCUUUCGCGAAUGGCCUCAGAGAGGACCGCGACGACGCCAUUCCACUGGUGUACGGGCGUGUGCCCAGUCCGGUCUUUGACGAAGAGGGGGCGGAAAGCGAGAGUGGCGAGGAGACUCAGGAGUCCGAAGAGGAAGCGACGACUCCGGACAUCGCAAUCCUACAAGAGGACGGCGCGACCACCGCGAUGGAUGCGAGUGGCGAGAGCGAUGGAGCGCUGAUCAAGCGUGGUAAGAAGCGCGCAGGGACGCCGACGCUCCCUCUGUCGCCAAUAUCCAACCCGUCGACGCCGGCACGCAAGCGAGCACGGACGGCCAGCUGGCGUCCUCCAUCUCACAUACCCGAUUUUCUGCCGCCGUUUCCCACCGACUCUCCGAGACAUUCACCGUCGCCACCUCCUCAAGAUACAUCCGCCCCCAGCCAGCCAGUCAAGCUGGAACGUCCGCCAUCUCCUCUGCCGCAGCCUCAGAUGGCGGCAUCCACAUCCUCGGCGGAUUAUCUCACGGCGAUUCCAUACCCCCUUUCCACAUUAGCCUCAACUCCGUCGUGGCACCUCCCAUCAGCGCCUCCGCUCUCCCCUGCACCUUCUGUACCAACUUUCUCCAGGCUCCCAAUACCACAAACACAGCCCGCACUGCUCGGAGCCUAUCACCACGUUCUUACCCAUCCUCCUGCCGACACAGUGACACCAGCAACUCCAGCGCGGUACAAAGUUGCGCUGGGCUUCCUCGCCCAGUCGGAAGCCACCCCUCGCUGGGAUCCUGGACCGACCCUGUUCUCAACCGCCGCACCGAAUUUUCCGCGCGUGGCAGCGAUUGGCCCGACUUAUCCCGCUCCGAUCGUGGAGACCAAGAGUGAGAAGGAAGAGAAUGACAAAGACAAGAAGUCGAAUCUACCCAUGGUGCCUCCCAGGCCCGUGGUUGCCUGCGAGCGAAUAACGCCCCUCCUCAGUCAGCAAGUGUCGCGUCUGCCUCAGGUGGCUCGGCGGGUCCUUCCCAAUUCUGUAUAUAAUCGGACAACUCGCUUGACUCAUCCUCCUGUCCUGUUUCGCGGAAACCAAAGGCUCACGUAUGGGCCGGGAGUUAACGCACCAUGGAACUCAGGUGUGCCAACUCCUGCAACAACACCCGCGCUGGGCAAAUCCAAAGACGGGCAUGGCUCGAACGGCCUCCCGAAUGGCAAGGACGCUGCAGCGCCGGCGAAGGCGCUGCCGGACGCGCGUUUGUACGCGACGUGGAAUUACGAGCAGAAACAUUAUCAGGACCCCACUAUGAGCAAGGAGUGA